CCAAUAUCAUUCCUAUCAAUUAUCCAUUGAUAAGAUAUGGAGUCACAUUUAGUAAUGGGAAAACUUGCGCAAAAAUAUCGGAAUGUUGAUCAAUUUCGAAUAUUUCAUAGUCCGAACAUCUGCAUUUGAACGUGCUUUAUUCGGAAAAUUUGCCUGAAAAUGUGCCAACUUGUGAAGAACUUCUUCAUCAUGCUUCUGUGAUAUGAGGCAAGCCCCAAAAAGUCGCAGAUUGAUUGCAUUAUGUUUUCUGUGAUAUUGAGUCAAAGUGCUAAAGAACAGAGUGCGAAUAUGUCCGAAUACAUCGACUACGGUUGGAGGAAUAACGACUUAUUCAGCAAAUCGAUCAACAAAACCUUCUACAAGAACCUCACUGCAAGUGAUAGGGAAGUGGCCAUCAAAGCUCUAAGGAACGUGAUAAAAAGUUGCGGCGACAUCGAAUUCAAAAAUCACAUAGAGCAAGAUGAGAAGACGCUCCAAAAGUUCCUGUUUGCCCGAAAGUUUAUACUGGAGGACAGUUUUGAGACGCUGAAAAACUUUUACUGGUACAGGAAACGGAAUCCGGAUAUUUUUCGCGAUUUAAAUUUGGACUCUGCUGAUGUACGGAAGGCACUAGAAAAUGGACUACCAGGUGUACUAAAGGACAAGGACCGAAAGGGGCGAUGUGUGUUACUUUUAACUGCAAACAACUGGGAUUGCAGUUACAGCCUGCUAAGCAUAUACAGGGCGAUGUUGGUAUGUUUGGAACAAGUAACGAACGAUUUGCACAAUCAAGCCAAUGGGGUGGUGGUCAUUGUGGAUUGGACCGAGUUUUCGUAUAAACAAACGUCCCAUUUGAAACCUUCAAUUUUAAGACUGAUGAUCGAAGGACUGCAGGAUUGUUUUCCAGUUCGAUUUAAAGGCAUUCAUUUCAUUGGCCAGCCAUGGUAUGUGGAUGCGGCUUUAACAGUAAUAAAACCGUUUCUGAAAGAGGAAAUAAAAGAACACAUUUUCAGACAUGGAAACAAUUUGAGCACAUUACAUGAAUUAGUUCACCGAGACGUUUUGCCGGCAGAAUUAGGUGGCGAACAGCCGAGCUACAAUCCCAGGUCAUUUUUGGACUCUUUGGACACAAAAACCCUAUCGGAAAAAUCAACGUAAAAGUGCAUUAAAAACUCUAAGUGUAUGUAAGUGGGCAGUAAAUGAGCAAAAAAGACUUGUGUAGGAAUAAACAAAAUCUACUUAAGUGUAUUUAUUUAAUAUUUAAUUAUGUAUUCAGUUUUCCAUUUAGUAUUAGAAACCAUCAAAGUAUCGUGGUUUAAAAUCAGUAGAUGUGAUAAUGAAAAAAUGAUGUAUAAAAUAUAAUAAAGUAUAGAAACACG